AUGUCCUCAAAUGGCAUCAGCAACGGGUGCAUUAAAAACGGCCAAUCAAAUUGCAGCGUGAAUGUCCUCCAUAGUAAAUGUUCGCCCUCAAGUGGUAAGCAUGACGAAGGAGGCAACUGCAACUUUGAGGAUGGACGAAGAACACAUGGAGUAGACAACUUACGCAAUAACAUCACACCGGGUGGGUCCCUGAACGGGGAAAUAAUUGCACAGAAGGGUGAAUACAACUCGAGCAACCAUAAGAAUGAGCUUGUUCAUUCUCAAAAAUUACAGGAAAAUAAUUUUAUUAAUAUGAAGCAGGAAAAUGCAAAGCAAAACGGAAAGUUAAAUUGGGGAUACCCGUUCAAAUGGAACAAAAAACAGAAUGAUCCAUGUGCAGAAAAAUCAGGGGGCGUCUUUUCCAAAAUGGCAAAUGAAUACAAUUCAAAUGAAAGUAAAAUGAAAAACGGUAAUGGCAAUGUUUCACCAGGUAACACAGAUCGGUUUAAUUCCACUGAUGAGGAAAUUUGCCUGAACGGGUCAGGCGAAAUGGACAAAAAAAAAAAAAAAAAAUUGAGCAUAUCUAAUCUUUUAAACAGUAAUGCCCAAAAUUGGAGCGACGUAGUGAAUGGCAUAGAAUGUAGAAGUUUGCUGCCAAAUGGCGUGGAGGGCAGCCACCCAGAUGAAGCAAAAAAAUCGCAAGGCGUGGAAAAGAUUUUCUCAUUCAUCGAUAACAAACAUAGCGGAAAAAUAACGCCCACUGGAAGUGGCGAAAUUGAUGUGUCCAUCGGAAGAUCUCACAAGAAGGAACUUCCACAAGGGGGAAGGCAAGCGAACAGACAGGAAACAGCUAUUCCGUUUUUCACAUCCUCCAUUCGAAAGACUGAGUGGAAAAGCGACAAGUACACAGACCAUCUAAAUGGCCACUCCUCCCUUGUCAGUCACACACAAAAUGACGGACAGCACCCAUUUUACAUGGGAAAUGGCAAAAAUUGCGCCUUGAAAAAAAGGCAUGAAAAUAUAUUGCUGAGCGACAGGGAGGAGGUGAUAUAUGUGAACAAUCCAAAUGGUGGUGACUUAUGGGGGGAAAGGAAAAGAGGUGAGGAGUUCCAGGACGAGGCGGGGAAAAUAGCAGGAAGUUGCGAACGAAGCAGCACAGGCGAUGACGAAGACGAGGUGGUCAUCAAUACACCCAACGUGGACAGUGGAAAAAUUAAUUUCUUUCGUCCAAAUGGCUGGAACGGUCUGAUGAGUAAACGCGCAAGGGGGAAAAACAGCUCACCCACAAACUGCCCAGAUGCUUAUACAAACGGAAAUCUGACACAUAGCGAAAGAGGCUACUCACUCAGCAACCAUAAGACACACCAAAGUUUUACGAACCACGUAAAAACACACGUUCACGAUAAGGCCACUAUUUACGACAUGAAGGAAGAACAAACAUUUGGUGAUUCGAAUGGCAGAAAAGAAAGUAACCUCACCGGGAAGGAAAGUCUCCCCAUUUAUGUGAACCCAUUUAACGCACCAAAGCAUGUUACCAAAGAUGCACCUGAAUUGGGAAGAAACCACGUAGAACAAAAUGGUUUCCUCCCACGAAACAACGAUGUUGAAAAGACGACGAAGAAGGAUAUGACAAGAAAGGACAACACGGCUGAAUGUUUAUCGAGUGUGCAUACCAAAUGGGGCACCUCUGAGGGAACCUUUAUAGCCAAUGAGGAAGACGUAAUUGUGAAAUUAGAAGAAAGCAAAAAAGACGGGAUGAAAAAAGAUCCACAUGACUGCAUUACGAACCUUUCGUACACCCAAAGUGGAAGUCGAAAAAAUGGGUGCAUAUUAAACCAUUCCUUUGCAAAGGAAAAGUUCGAUUGUAUUAGCCUCUUGAAUGGAACCAAACGAGAUGAUUCUGUACCCGCUAUAGAAGGAAUGGAUAUGUUGGACGAUGAGAGCCAGACACAUAUUUUGGGAGGCAUAAAUUGGUUGCGAUGCCCGCAUGAGGGGAAGGAAGACCCUCUUCGUGCUUCCAAAAACGGUAGCAGAUUUAACCAUAUGAAUGGAACUUCCCAUGGGGGGGAUGACAACUCCAUGUUUCACUCCACAUCCGAAGGAGCAUCUGAAACAAACGGGAAGUCAACUCUAAAAAGUUUCCCUCCCCCCUCUUAUCAAAGGGGUCCCCCUCUACACGCAAAGAAAGAGCAAUAUCAAAAUGGUGAAGUCAGCAAGGAGAAAACACCCGCGGAAGAUAAGGCCAUUUUUAAUUACCACGCCGAGUGGAUGAACCGUUUAGAGAAAGGCAAGGAAAAAUUGAGCAACGGGGAAUUGUACAACAUGGGAAGCCUUUACAAAGAGGACGCACUGACGAAUAGGAAUGGCUACCUAGAGCACAGCCAGCACAGUAAUUACCCACUUUUUCACCCCCCCGAAAAAAUGUACCCAUCAGCAGUUACACCUAACGUGGGCAGAGAGGGGAAGUUGCCCCACUUGGGGAAGGAAGAAAACUCGCACACACACACUGACAGGAGAUGGCCUAAGGAAGUCAUGAAAAACGGGGACAUUACAGGAAAAAAGAAAAAACAAAUUUUUGGAUACACCCAAAUGGUGAAUCCUUUGCAGAUGGAGCAGACGAACAAGCAGAGCUAUGCCCAUCAUGGUGUGAGUUCAAUAACUGACCCUUUAAGUUGCAGUCGAGUGGCCCCCAAAUGGCAAUGUAGAAAGACAAUAAGAACAAACAGCAUGUGUAAUCAAAUGGGUGCAGAAGAAAUGACCGACAAAGAAAAUAAGAAACCUCCCCAGAACAACUCUCCUUUUCUUCCGAAUGGAAAUGGGCCACAUUUGCAGAGCACUGUUGAUGCAAAGGAAGAGUACACUUAUGGAAACAUUUCAAAAUGGGAAGAGGCCAACCUAAACCAAAUAGACAACCUAUCCAAGUGGAUUUCCGAGACGAAUAACCUCAAAGGAGGGCUCAAUUUUGGAAACGUCUACUCCAUGCACGGGAGUGAGCAAAACUUGAAAAUGGGCGAAGAAAUUUUAAAUGGAAAAAUGGAUAACCAGCUAGCCAAUGGGGUACACCCAAAUGGUCAUACGAACAACUUCGUUCUGGGAAGCUAUUCUUACAGGAUCCCCCACAGGAGUGAAUUUUCCGAUCAUACUCCUUUCAGCGGAGUUUUACUUGGGGUGACCCCUUCGAUUUGCAGGAGAGGCACUGACCAGGUGAGGACUGGCAGCCUCUUCACCGUGGGAGAUGACUAUUUGAGCAGCGGUCCCAAUGGAAGCGGCUCCGACGACGUGAGGAAAAUGUGCUGGUCAUCCUACAACCAAGAUGGACGAAAUAGUCACACGGUGAAUAGCAACGAAAGUCCUAAUCUACUGGGAGGAAAUAAUCCUCCGAACGGCGCACCCUCCAUAGGGAGUAACGAUCAGGGAAGAGACAUCCAUAGUGGUGAAAAUGUAAACUACCUGUACAGUUCAGGCGAAAAAGGAGAUAGUAUCCCCAAAUCGGAAAUUAAGGGUGGACUCAGUUUGUACGAUGAUCUGGCUGACGUGCGUGAAAAUGUAAGCAAAGACACGGGUGUCAAUCUUGAUGGUGAUACCGUCAUACAUGGAUAUGCAGACAGACACAAGUAUGAUUACUUACAUGGGGAGAAAGACCUCCUCGGAGGAAUGUUAGAACGGCAGGACGAUGCCACCUUCGACCCGAACAACGACUACAGGUGGAAGUUGUGCCAUGUAAGAUACCCAGAACACAUCAAUUUCAAGAAGGCCUUUUUCUUUACCUUCCAAAAUGAGAUAUACAUUUAUGGGGCACGCAAAAAUAACUUCAUCAUUCCGGAUCUGCUAUUUCGGAUGAGGGAUGAUGAAGUCGAAUCUGUGCAAACUAGGGGGACCGCUCCCAAGCUGUAUGUUAAGGUUUACUUUGCCGUGGAGGAGGGGGACAUUCGCAGCAGGAUUGGUGAACCGCGCAAGAGCUUCUACAUCUGGGGGGCCAACGAAAAGAGGGAACUGGACCUCUAUACUCUGUACAGACUAGACUUGUGCCGCCUGGAGUGGCAAGAGAUAAGAAUCACCUACAACAGAAAUCUGAACCUGUGCAGGGAAGACUUUUCCCUCAUCCUGGUUAAGGACUGCUUAUACAUGUAUGGAGGGGUUGUGUAUAACGAUGGGGAGUGGACCUGCUGUGACGAAUUAUGGGUGUGUGACACGGGCAAGAGGAAGUGGGAAAUGAUAACUGUGAAAGGAGGCAUCCAUCAGGAGGACACUACUCAGGAGAAGGGAAACUUAUUUUUCAGCCUUCCCUCAACCAACAUGGUUAAACAUUUUACGAAUACGGAUAAAUCAUCUUCAAAAGGUAGCCUACUUGAACAGCGGAAGAGGAAUGAAAGUGACAAAAGUAGGAAUGCACAGGGGGAAGUAAGUCCCAGCAAGUCCACUGCCAAACCUUAUGAGGAAAAACAACCCAGCAGAAGAGCAGGCCACCUUUGCGUUGUUCACAAAAACAGAAUGUACAUCCACGGUGGAACUAAUUUGACUGAAGAAAAAUCAGAUUUCUACUUUUUCGAUUUUUCAAAAAAUAAAUGGUUCGAGGUUGUGCCAAGUGGGGAUAUCGUCCCGUCAGGUAGGUAUGGCCAUUCCGGCGUUGUGAUAAAAAGCAAACUGUACAUCUAUGGUGGGUUCACAAAGAAGCUCAAUGGCAAUUCCAUCAACAAUGAUAUAUUCGAGUAUGACUUUGUGAAGAACACAUGGAGGCAGAUCUUCACCAUUGGAGAUUUAAUUUAUCUGAAAAGUUGUCUUAAUGGAAAGGAGGAACAGGAUUACCUCAAAUUUGUGAGGUUGCUUGUGAUGAGAAGGUACUACAAGAGUGCUACCAUAAGUGGUUUUUCAGAAGUGGGUGGAACUGAUAAAGCGCUCAGUGCUGUCCCUCCUGGGGACUGGAUCGAAAAGGGGAGAGAAGAAAGGCUACCAAAUGGGAAGACAAAAAAUGCUGCUAAGUCUGCACUUCUUCAGGAAGACCCACAUACAAAGCUACAUGCAAAUUUCCUACACAUCGAAGGAACCACCCAUACUACCGAAGCCAUCAUCCCGCAAAACAUUUUCCGAAACAAGUGCCUCUACUUUAAUGGAUCUCUGUACCUCCUUGGGGGAUGCGGGCUGGACAAUCAUUUCGAAAGAAGGGAAGAGAACAACUUUUUCCUCCACUAUGAUAGUGUCUUUAAAAUGAAAAUCGGCCAGUCGUAUGCUCGCUGCAUUGCACAUUAUUUGUCCCACCUGGAUACAUUUCUUUGGGAUCUCAUAGGGAAGGAAGAAAUGGCGCUACAGGAGUGGGUGCAGCGGGAAGACAACGCAAAGGAGGACACUACUACUGCUUGUCUGCACACUACGCAAAACGACUUUGAUCAUUUGUGGACCCAACUGAAUGGGGGAAAAGAGAUUUUCAUGACAUCAGGAGACGCACGUCCGAAGGAUGCACAGUUUGCUAUUGAAAAAAUUGACCAUAUGUUGAGAAAAAUUUCUACGGGUUUUCCGUCGGGGGGAGACAUGAGGGAGGACACAUCAACAGAAGCAAAGGCGCUACCCUCAGCAGUGACCAACUGUUCGGAUAAGUCAAGCGAAACAGUCACCUUGGGGGACUCCUUUUCGCUCUGCCAAGGGGAAAAAAUGUUCCAACUGCUUACCUGGCUGAUCAACCUAUAUCACAGUGAUGUCUGCGCAGAUGAAAUGGUCACUGAUAGUGUACGGGGGAAGUGUGGUUUGUCGAACCUUUUGCUGGAAAGGGGGCCUGCUGUGGGGCAGGAAUCGGACGUGAGCACUUUUAACACGCGCGGCGAGGUAGAAAGCCGCCCAGGGGAGAAGAAACAGGAGGAACCGCGUCCCGGUGACGACCCGAAGGAGGACACACACAGGGUGAAACCCACCCCCACAGCAGACGGUACUAAAGAAGAGGAUCUGAACGGAGUGUGUUUGCGAGGAAGCAACUUGCCAUCUGAUCAAUUUGAAAAAAGGGACAGCAGUAGAUGUAGUGCACCCGUUCAGGAAGCAUCGAAAGUUGAUUCUCUGGAGGAGUGUCCCUGUGGAGAGCUCCCCAUAGCCAGGCGCGAUGAGCACUAUAACAACCACCACAACAAGGAUGGUGAGAAGGAGGGAAGAAGAAAAGUUAAACCAAGUAAUGAUUACCUAGAGGUGCAUAAAGAAGACGUAGGGUCUGUCCCCCCUGAGGGAAAUCACAAUCCGAAUGACCAACAUGUGUGUGAUAAGGACGAUCUGCGUUUUGGAGGUGGCAAAAGGGAUAACCAUUUAGAGGAGCAGAAAGAACUUAUCACUUUAGGGGAAGGAGAAUUCUCCAAGCUCCUUGGUGGGAAUACUUAUCUCAUCCCAGAUUACCCCAACAGCAAUCACAUAUAUCUGAACAUGGAAAAGUCCAUCAUCUACAAUUACCUACAACAAUUUAACGACCUCACAGAUGACAGCUAUUCCAUAAAAAUGAAAAUCAGGAGAAACGAAAUUUACAAGUUAAUUUACACGUACACAAAAAGUGUCGAAAUUCAGAACCGUGUGUGCUUUAAGAUGCUAGAACGGUUGGAAGGUCAGGCUAGGCAGCUACUAGCUGAAAGGGAACAUCUUACGGAUGGUGGAAAUGAUGAAAAUAGUUUUGAUGCAGCUAAGGGGGAACAAUCUAAGAAGAAUCACCACCCCCCCUUCAGCGAAGACAACUUUGAGUCCCUACAAAACGAACACGGACAUUUGAAAAAAAAAAUGAAAUACUUUUGCGACAUGGCAAAUAUAUAUUCCAUAAAAAUUAACAAGCUAAUUUUGUACAACAAAAUUCUAGAGCAGAAAUACGAAUACGUGAUGAACUGCUUGCUCAAGUUAAAGUCUGUUUUGUUUAGGGAGGUCGUUGCUGGGGAUACGUCAAAACAUUUGUCCGACCAUUUUGCGGAGCACCUCGGCGAACAGUACGCUAACCACUUGGGGAAAUUCUUCGCGGAAGAUACCUUUUUUGUACAUGAGCAGAAUGCCAAUUUGUCCACCUGCGAUUAUGGGGAACGCGCAUUUUUUUCUCCUUUUGAGCGCCGGAGAAACUGGACUCCAAAUAGUGACCCAACAAAAUAG